UACAUGUGCCGAUUGUUGGGGCUACGUUUGUUGAUUAUUGGCAACUCAUCAGUGGGGAAAACGUCGUUCUUAUUCCGCUACUGCGAUGAUUCGUUCACAUCCGCAUUUGUUUCGACAGUAGGAAUCGAUUUCAAGGUGAAAACCGUAUUUCGAGGUGACAAACGCGUAAAACUGCAAAUAUGGGACACAGCCGGACAGGAACGCUACCGUACUAUUACUACGGCAUACUAUCGAGGUGCAAUGGGUUUCAUUCUCAUGUACGACAUCACUAACGAAGAGUCAUUCAAUAGUGUACAGGAUUGGUGCACACAAAUCAAAACCUAUUCGUGGGAAAAUGCACAAGUCGUCUUAGUAGGCAACAAAUGUGACAUGGAUGCCGAACGAGUAGUAUCCAUUGAACGAGGGAAACAGCUCGCUGACCAGCUAGGACUUGAGUUCUUCGAAACAUCAGCCAAGGAGAACAUCAACGUUAAAGCAGUUUUUGAGAAGCUCGUCGAGAUAAUCUGCGAUAAGAUGGCAGAAAGCCUCGAUAAGGAUCCACAACAACAGCCGAAAGGUCAGCGGCUUGACGCGACCACAAAUCAGAAGCCGCCAGCACAACAGUGCAAUUGCUGA